GACCUUCGCGACGCGCCAGACCCCGUCCUGCCCCGAGCGAGCGCCCGCGAUGGCCACCACCCUCGUGUCUGCCACCAUCUUCGACUUGAGCGAAGUUUUAUGCAAGCUUGCUUCUCCAGUCCGCGCAGCUGCCAAGGCCCCAGGGCUGCAGGGUUGGGGUGCAGGGACGCCGAGGAGCUGAAGAGAAACAUCACAAAGUUGGAAUUUCAGCUUCCUUCCUUCCCUGCACUUUCCCAAACUCCAGCUGCCCCGGCGGCCGCGGGAGCUCUCCCGCACUUCUCUCCCGCCCCGCUCUCUCGCUCUUUGAUCUGUUUCUCUUUCUCUCGCCCCCUCCCCCCGCAGGACUUUUUAAAUGAACCUCAUUGUUGAGAACCAGCUCUCAACUUGGUUCCUGUAAUCCGCUCUCCGUGGGGUGGUUGCUGUUACAGAUUCCCGAUCCCCGGCAGCUGAUCCUAAGGGACCAACUUUAGAAUUUGCACAAUGACACCCACAUGGGCUGGGAGCCAACUCCCAGGUCAUUCCCCACCACCAUCCCCAGCACCCUUUCCAAAUCUUGGGUACAGUUUGGGCAGGGGACCAGGGUCCCACUGGAACAGAAACCUCCCUGUGGUGGCUCUGCCCCCCCCCCCAAUCCUUUAUUGACUGGCAGGCGGGUGGGGGGAUUUGGUGCUUUCCUUUUCCUUCCCACCUGCAGCUUCGCGUUAAAGAUUAAACACUGGCGCUCUUAUUCCAGCUUGCUCUUGGAGCCAGAAGACUAAUUGCAAAGGCAUCUUCCCAGGGGAGGGGGAGGGGAUGGGCAGAGAAUGUUGGGGAGAGCACUGUGGAAGGCACCCCUUUCUGGAGCAUGGGGCAGUGAGUUUUAUUUUCAGGAAUCACAUCCCUCUCCCCCACUAACCCCAGGCAGGGAAAGGGGGAUUUCUCCCCCCCUGCCCCCCCCAGCUAGAUAAAAGCAAAGGCAGCCUGGAAACCUGUUGCCAAAGGAAGGGAACACUUCUAAAGGAGGAAGUUAAGAGUCUUAGGCCAGGCUUUGGGGGUGGUCAACUAAGCCGGGACUGAUUAAAAGGGAGUGGGGCUCCUAGUCUAAUAAGGUUUACCUGUUUUUGUCAGGGGAAGAGGCAAGCUAGAAAGGUCUAGAGUGAUGUGGGAUAUUUUGAACUGAGGAAUCUAUUUGGGAGGGUAACAAGAUGCUCAACUACAGUACUCCCAGUGCAGGGGGCUGCUUGCUGGACAGGAAGGCGGUGGGCACCCCUACUGGUGGGGGCUUCCCCCGGAGGCACUCAGUCACCCUGCCCAGCUCCAAGUUCCACCAGAACCAGCUCCUCAGCAGCCUCAAGGGUGAGCCAGCCCCAGCUCUGAGCUCUCGGGAUAGCCGCUUCCGAGACCGCUCUUUCUCAGAAGGGGGCGAGCGGCUGCUGCCCACCCAGAAGCAGCCAGGGAGUGGCCAGGUCAACUCCAGCCGCUACAAGACGGAGCUGUGCCGCCCCUUCGAGGAGAAUGGUGCCUGUAAGUACGGGGACAAGUGCCAGUUCGCACAUGGCAUCCAUGAGCUCAGAAGCCUGACCCGCCACCCCAAGUACAAGACAGAGCUGUGCCGCACCUUCCAUACCAUCGGCUUUUGCCCCUACGGGCCCCGCUGCCACUUCAUCCACAAUGCCGAGGAGCGCCGCGCCCUGGCUGGGCCCCGGGACCUCUCCGCUGACCGUCCCCGCCUCCAGCAUAGCUUUAGCUUUGCUGGGUUUCCCAGUGCCGCUGCCACCGCCGCUGCCACAGGGCUGCUGGACAGCCCCACGUCCAUCACCCCACCCCCCAUCCUGAGCGCCGAUGACCUCCUGGGUUCACCCACCCUGCCUGAUGGCACCAAUAACCCUUUUGCCUUCUCCAGCCAGGAGCUGGCAAGCCUCUUUGCCCCUAGCAUGGGGCUGCCUGGGGGUGGCUCCCCUACCACCUUCCUUUUCCGGCCCAUGUCCGAGUCCCCUCACAUGUUUGACUCUCCCCCCAGCCCUCAGGAUUCUCUCUCGGACCAGGAGGGCUACCUGAGCAGCUCCAGCAGCAGCCACAGUGGCUCAGACUCCCCUACCUUGGACAACUCAAGACGCCUGCCCAUUUUCAGCAGACUUUCCAUCUCAGAUGACUAAGCCAGGGUAGGGAGGGCCUCCCUACCCACUCCAACACCCCACCUUAUACAUACCUACAUCCCCUACCCUAGUCUUCCUGUCCUACCCUACAAACCCCUACAUUAACAAGGUUAAGCUCAACCCCUUUCCCCUAGAACCUUGGAAUGCUCCUCCCUCUUUCCUCCCUUUUAACCCACCUAACAAGGACAAGUCAAUUUGUCAGUAGCUUCCUCUGGCUUGAAACCCCCUCCCCAUGAUUUUAUAGCCCACUUACCAUGCAUAAUAGACAAGUCCCAUAUUUGU